CAGGGAAAAGUAAGUCAUAAGUUCAUUCCUUGUCUUCUCUUUACAGCAAAAUUCCUAAAGCGCCAGCAAGAACUUGUCAGUGGAAUUACAUCGUCUUUUUUUCUCCUGUUAUAAAAAUCCACAUUUGUAGACGAAGAUGAAACAAAGGCAGGAAAUGGCGGAUGAUCAGAGCAGAAGUUGGUUUAGGAUAUCCAGGACUCAGUAUUUCGCCAUUAUUCUGGUAAUUGGGGGUGUGUUCUUUAUUUACAGCAUAAGGGAAAUAACCCCAGACUGGAACCCCAAAAAGUGGAUGGAAAAUCAGUCGUCAAACUUGUGGAUUAUUUUAGAACGGCAGAAACAAAAAAUAAUCUCUCUCCACUCUGUGGUUAACGACAACUCAUCAACACAUCCUCGAACUAAUAAUAUGACAUCGGCACCAGAAGUGAAGACAGAAACUGCAGCGGUCGCUCCUCAUGUUUCUCCUGGACCAUAUUUAGUCGAAUACCCUUAUGAGUACCACUUCAUCAUAAAUGAGCCACAAAAGUGUGAACGAGAAAAACCUUUUGUGGUUCUGAUGGUUCCCGUAGCACCAAACAAUAGGCGAGACCGUGACAUCAUCCGCAGCACCUGGGGGAACGACAGGGUUGUGCAGGGCAAAGUGGUGACGCUCUUCUUUUUACUGGGGCUACAGACGGGGCCAGGAGCAGAGCAGGUCCAACAGCAGAUGCUUCAGGAGAGCAACAAGCAUCACGACCUGAUCCAGAGCAACUUUGUGGACUGCUACAAGAAUCUCACCAUUAAGACCAUGGUAAUUCUGGAGUGGCUGACUGCGCACUGCUCCGGUGCUUCUUAUGCCAUGAAGAUUGACUCAGACAUGUUUCUGAAUGUGCACAAUCUUGUCAAUAUGCUCUUGAAUGCUCAAAAAACCAACUACAUGACUGGACUUGUGAUGGGAUGGGGUACAGUAGUGAGAGAUCCAAGCUCUAAGUGGUACGUACCAUCUGACAUUUAUGCACCAGCUUUCUACCCUGUCUAUGCUCUGGGCCUGGGCUACAUUAUGUCUUUAGACCUCCCUAAAAAGCUCACUGAGGCAUCCAGACAUGUUAAAGCACUUUACAUUGAGGAUGUGUAUUUAGGGAUGUUAAUGCACCACCUGGGCAUCUCUCCCACUUACUCCCCAAGCGGUGAUUACUUCCAUGUUUUUCCUUUGGCAUAUAACCGAUGUCUCUUCUCCCGUAUAGUAGCCACCACAACUCAUCCAUCCACUAACCGUGUGGACAUUUGGAAAGAUUUUAAAAAAUCAGGCCCCUGCUGAUCUAAGAGAACAUAAACAAAGGCUGUAUGUUGGAAAAUUUUAUACUUCCUUUUUUAACUUCCCCCAUCUUAAAUGUCAUUAAAACCUAACCGAUGUCGUGCCACUCCAUAACUACACACUGUUUUAUGCAUUAAAUACAAUUUAUUAUUUGUACUAUCCAUGUAGCUGACAUCUCAGCACAAGUUUUCUAUAGAUAAAAAAAUACUGAAAACAUGAAGCUAGCAAAAGAGAAAAAGAGAAAAAAAAAGCAGACGCUGAUAUUUCCAUGAUAACAAUGUCGAUGUUAACAGGAUCAAUGUAGGAAAAAAAGACUCUACAGUCUA